ACUCAACAAUGAAAGCAAUAAAAUCAGAAGACUUAUAUUUGAACAGGGCCAAAUUUGUAAUGAAAUACUUGGGAGUUUGGGUGCCGCCAUCAGACGAAACUGCAAUACAUAAAGCAUAUCGAAUAUUCAUGAUGUCCUUGCAGUAUAUAUUUUUAUUUUUCCAAAUUAUAUUCAUCGGACAGGUUUGGGGGGACUUGGAGGCUGUAUCCCAAUCUUCCUACUUGUUGUUUACUCAGGCCUGUUUAUGUUUUAAAGUUACCGUCUUACAAAUAAAUAUUAGUUCGCUUAAAGAUUUGCUAAAAAGAAUGAACCAUGAAAUAUUCUUGCCGCAAUCGAACGAACAUGAGAGGUAUAUACUAAAAGAAAACAUAUAUUUAGUUUAUCUUCAAAUCUUGAAGAUGCAGGCUAAAAAAAUUAAACGGUUGUUAUUGGCUUUCAUGAUCAGUUCGCAAACAACUUGCGGUCUGUGGGCCUUAAAACCACUUUUUGAUGAUGUUGGUAGUCGCAAGUUCCCGUUUGAUAUGUGGAUGCCUGUGAAACCAGAAUUUUCACCGCAGUACGAACUUGGUUACGCCUUUCAGCUGCUUACAAUUUGCAUGAGCGCCUACAUGUACUUCGGAGUGGACAGCGUCACGCUCAGCAUGGUCAUAUUUGCCUGUGCACAGCUGGAUAUCAUCAAGGAUAAGAUUUUGAGUAUUAAACCCAUACAAUUUGGCAGUAAGAAAGAAAGAAUUGCAAUUAUAGCUGAAAAUAAUAGAAAAUUAAUUGAGUGUAUAAAGCAACACCAGGCCGUCGUUUCGUUUACAGAACUUGUGGAAAAUACAUACCAUACGUUUUUAUUUUUUCAACUCGUUGGAAGUGUUGGACUUAUUUGUAUGUCUGCAUUACGGAUUCUAGUGGAGGACUGGCAGAGCAUGCAAUUCUUUUCAAUUUUGACUUAUUUGUCGGUCAUGAUCAGUCAGUUGUUCGUGUGCUGCUGGUGUGGACACGAACUGACGGCAACAAGUGAAAAUCUUCACAUAGUUCUAUACCACUGUAUCUGGUACGAGCAGGACAUGAAGUUCAAGCGAAUGCUUUGUUUUGCCAUGAUGCGUAUGAGCCACCCAAUAGUUUUGCGCGCUGGUCAUUACAUCAGCUUGUCGAGGCAGACGUUUGUGUCUAUUCUACGAAUGUCCUACUCGUACUUCGCUGUUUUAAAUCAAACAAUAUUGCUGUUAACGAAAGCUGGCAAAGUGAAAAAAUUAUGCAACAUUUUCUUAGUUAAUGCAUUAAUAUCUUGCACACUGUGGACCAUCAUGCCCUGGUUCGACAGCCCGGAAAUCAGGAGUUUUCCUUUUAAGAUUUGGAUGCCUCUAGACCCAUUGAAGUUUUCGGAGUUUAUAAUGGGCUAUCUAUAUCAAGUGAUUAGUAUCUACAUCAGCGCCUUGCUAUUCUUCUCCGUUGAUAGCAUCAGCCUCUCCAUGAUCAUGUUCGGCUGCGCACAAAUAGAAAUCAUUAUAAAUAAAAUACAAAAGAUACAAAAUGCACCAAUUUCGGCGAAAUUGAAAAAAGAGGAAUAUAGUGAAAUAAUCGAAGGCAAUAAUAAGUUAUUUGUUGAAUGUAUUCGCCAGCACCAGGCUGUUAUAAGAUUCAUUGAAUUAUUGGAAAACACAUAUCACGCGAACAUUUUUUUCCAAUUAAGCGGUACAGUUAUUAUAAUCUGUGUCAUAGGGCUCUGUAUUACUAUUGCAGAAACAAGCAGCUUGCAGUUUUACUCGAUGUUGGUCUACAUGGUCACCAUGCUGUCCCAGUUACUGCUCUACUGCUGGUGCGGAAGCGAACUCACAACUACAAGCGAAAAGUUGCGCGAAUGUUUGUACCAAUGUCCAUGGUACGAAAAGGAUGCAAAGUUCAGAAGAUCUCUUCUCAUUGCGAUGGAGACAAUGAAAAGACCAAUUAUCUUUAAAGCCGGUCAUUACAUUCCCCUUUCGCGGCCUACUUUUGUAUCUAUUCUACGAACAUCUUAUUCGUAUUUCGCUGUUUUGAAUCAAGCCAAUAAUAAAUAGCUCUAUGAGGCUUAAACGGGUCCAAAUAACAAUAUUCAUUAAAUGUUGUAGAAUGUAGAUGAAAUAAAUUAUUAAUAACA